GGGGUUCAGUGUAAUUUAGAGACAAGUGUCUACCGUAAACCUACCCACACCGACAAAUACCUCGCUUUCGAUUCUCACCACCCUAUUUGCCAUAAAAAGUCUGUAGCCAAAACUUUACUUAGGAGGGCUAACUGUCUACCAUCUUCACUCGAUUCGAAGGCUGAGGAGAGGAAAUAUGUUUCCCAUGUCCUAAAGGCAAAUGGCUAUACAAAAACUUUUCUCCGUAACUGCCAAAAACCAGUUAUAAAUAGUAACGCUCUUGAUGAAAGGGAAGCAGCGACUGGUUUGCUGUUAUUCCUUACAUACGGGGUGUUACGGAACCCAUCAAGAGAAUUUUGAAUAGCCACAACGUUAA